UAAACCUAAGACGCAGCGAGGGCGGAGGGCAUUGGAAAAGAAGGAGCCUAAAAUUAUCGAAAACACAAAACAUGCAUUGUUUCUUAAAGGUGGAAACACAAGCCAAACAGUUAGCCAGGUGUUGAAAGAAUUGCACACCCUGAAGAAGCCAUGUGCAACCAUAUUUAGCAAAAAAAACAUGACACGGCCAUUUGAGGAUCAGAGUGCUGUGGAGUUUUUCUCAUCUAAAGCUGAUUGCUCCCUUUUUAUGUUUGGCAGUCACUCUAAGAAGAGACCAAACAACAUUGUUAUAGGUCGACUGUUUGAUGGGCAAGUGUUGGACAUGGUGGAGUUUGGUGUAGACAAAUUUGUGUCCAUGCAGGAAAUCAGGGCCCAGAAAACACCCGUGGGGAUCAAACCAUGUCUUGUUGUGUCCGGCGAGUUCUUUGAUGAGAAUGAUGAUAACAAACGGCUCAAAAACUUAUUUAUUGACUUUUUCCGUGGAGAAAAUGUCAACAAAAUCUGCCUGUCUGGUUUAGAGCAUGUGAUCAGCAUUCAUGCUGUGAAUGGAAAAAUCUAUAUUCGCAACUACAGGGUCUUGCUGAAGAAGUCUGGAUCCAGAAUCCCCAGAGUGGAGCUGGAAUCUAUGGGCCCCAGUUUGGAUCUCAGCAUGAGGAGGACUCGGCUGGCAUCUGAUGACUUAUUUAAACGAGCACUGAAGAAACCAGUGGAAGCAAAGCCGAAGAAGAAGAAGAACAUAUCCCGAGAUGAUCUUGGCAACAAACUGGGUCGCAUUCACAUGAAAACACAAGACUUUGAUAAACUACAGGCCAGGAAAUUGAAAGGCUUGAAAAGAUCAGCCCCUAAGAAGAACAAGGAGAACACAGAAGCCAAGAAACAGAAAAUAGAUUCAACCUCUUGA